AUGAAACUCAUCUCUAACCUUCAUAAACAAAUACCCAGAAACCCUUUACUCCAAUCACGAACCCUAACCCAUUUUACAUAUAACCCACCACCUCCAGACCCACCUGAGAUUUCUGAAGCCAAAGCCUCAACCCACUCAAUCUUCACAAACCCAGCCUUCAAUCUUCUUGUAAUGUGUAGAAACAUCGAUUCCCUUAAGAAAGUUCAUACCUUGCUUGUAGUGCACGGCUUAUCAAAUGACCCUCUUUGUCAUACCAAACUGAUUAGUCUAUACGCCUCAUUUGGGCGUGUGGAUUGUGCCCGGUUAGUGUUCGACGAAAUUCCAAGCCCAGAUUUUUAUUCGUCGAAAGCAAUGGUGAGGUGGUACUUCUUGCACAAUUUGUAUGGAGAGGUUUUGGGGUUGUUUAGGCGCAUGAGAAUGUGGGUUAGGGAGCGUGACAAUGUUGUGUAUUCGAUUGUGUUGAAGGCGUGUAGCGAGGCGAGGGAUGUUAAUGAGGGGAGGAAGGUGCAUUGUGAGAUUGUUAAGGCGGCGUGUCCCGAUGGGUUUGUGUUGACCGGGUUGUUGGAUGUGUAUGCAAAAUGUGGGUGGAUUGAGUGGUCUAGGAGGGUGUUUGAUGGGAUUGUGGAUAGGAAUGUGGUAUGUUGGACUUCGAUGAUUUUUGGGUAUGUACAAAAUGAGUGUCCGGAAGAUGGGUUGGUUUUGUUUAAUAGGAUGAGGGAGGGGAUGGUUGAAGCGAACCAGUUUACGCUAGGUAGUGUACUUACGGCUUGCACAAAGUUGAGAGCUUUGCACCAGGGAAAGUGGAUCCAUGGAUACUUGAUUAAGAAUGGUAUUGAGGUUAAUAAUGUGUUGGUGACGUCUCUUUUGGACAUGUAUGUCAAGUGCGGGGACAUAAGAGAUGCUCGUUCUAUAUUUGAUGAGCAUUCCAUGAUCGAUCUUGUUUGGUGGACUGCCAUGAUUGUUGGGUACACGCAAAGUGGGUGCCCGUUGGAGGCCUUGAAGUUGUUUACAGACAAGAGAUGGGAUGGUCUGUUGCCGAAUUCUAUAACCACUGCAAGUGUGCUUUCGUCUUGUGCACAGUCGGGUGAUUUGAAUAUGGGAAGGUCAGUCCAUGGUCUUGGGAUUAAACUUGGGUUGGAAGAGUCUUCUGUGAGAAAUGCUCUUGUUGACAUGUAUGCAAAAUGCCAUAUGAUUAGUGAUGCUCGUUAUAUCUUUGAUACAACAUUGGACAAGAAUGUGAUUACUUGGAGUUCAAUAAUUUGUGGAUAUUCCCAAAACGGGUUGGCAUAUGAAGCCCUUCAAUUGUUUCAUCAAAUGAGAUCAGAGUCAUUCUCACCUGAUGCAUUCACAUUGGUAAGUGUCCUCUCAGCUUGCGCUUCCCUUGGUUUUCUUCAGGUUGGUUCAUCAGUUCAUGCUUACUCGAUAAAGGAUGGCAUAUCAACUUCAAACCUCUAUGCCGGCACUGCCCUUCUAAAUUUCUAUGCCAAGUGUGGUGAUGCUGAAUCUGCUCGUCUAGUUUUUGAUGGAAUGAAAGAGAAGAGUUCUAUAACAUGGAGUGCGAUGAUUGGUGGUUAUGGAAUCCAGGGUGAUAGUAGUGGUUCCGUAGAACUUUUCAAUUAUAUGUUAAAGGAGCGUCUAGAGCCAAACGAAGUAGUCUUCACAACCAUACUAUCAGCUUGUAGCCAUACAGGAAUGGUUGCAGAAGGUAUGAGGUAUUUCAAUUCCCUAUGCCAGGAUUAUAACUUUGUGCCUUCUAUGAAGCACUAUGCAUGUAUGGUUGAUCUCCUGGCUCGUGCUGGCAAACUUGAGGAGGCCUUGGAAUUUAUUGAGAAAAUGCCGGUUCGACCAGAUGUUAGUUCGUUUGGGGCAUUUCUCCACGGAUGUAGACUCUAUUCAAGGUUUGAUCUUGGCAAAGUGGCGAUAAAAAGAAUGCUGGAGUUGCAUCCUAAUGAAGCCUCCUACUAUGUGCUAAUGUGUAACCUGUAUGCUUCAGAUGGUAGAUGGAGCCAGGUUAAUCAGGUGCGAGAGUUGAUGAAACAGAGGGGUUUAAGCAAGUCCCAAGCAUAUAGCCAAGUGCAAAUGGAUUUCAGAAAGAGGGAAUUUGGUGUGGCUUAUGGAUAA